AUGGAUAGCUAUACAGAGGAAAGCUCGGUUCAAGAGCAACGUUUGGUCAUUGGGCUUGACUAUGGCACAACCUUCACAGGUGUCGCCUACGCAACACCUCUCGGGGCUACUUGUCCUCUUGAAAAAAUUGACCCCAUUACAGAUUGGGGUGAAAAGAUGGAUAAUCAUGACAAAGUGCCCAGUGUGAUUUCAUAUUCGCAACCAACUCGGGAGCGGAAAGAAGCUCAAUGGGGAAGCGACUUAAGUCCGGGGGCGGUGACCAUGGUCCAUACUAAAUUAGAGCUUGUUGUUGGGAAUGUUUCAGAGGAACUGGACCUUCUUCUCCAGUCGUUGGAAGGUACAAAAAAUCUGAACUUUCAACACGUUAGGACAUCUACGGGCCUGCGUGGCAACCCUGAAUAUCCCCACAAGAGCCCUGAAGAAAUAGUGACCGAAUAUCUCACCAAAGUCUUUGAGUAUUUGGAGAAGGUGGUGAAAGACUUCUCGGAAGUGCUCCGAAGAACUAUAUCUACCGAUAUUGUAAUCACGGUACCAACAGAAUGGUAUGAAUCAUACAGAGCCAUGAAUGCUACUUAUCGCGCAGCAACAAAAGCAGGCUUCAGCGAACGCUCUUUCCCUAGGUUACAAGACGUGUUAUUUGUCACAGAGGCCGAAGCUGCGGCUUUCUACGCUGUAAGGUAUUUGAGGGAUACUCAGGGGCCAGAUUUCCUCAAGGAGAACGCUUGCUUUGUCCUAUGUGACGCCGGUGGAGGGACCGUGGAUGUGGUGUCGUAUGAAGUCAAGCAGCUAGAACCCCUUCAGCUCGCACAGAUUGGGUACCCCACUGGCCGUAAAUGCGGAUCAAUAUUCAUCAACUUGGAAUUUAAGAAAUGGCUAAGGGAACUUAUUGGAGACAAACACUAUCAAAAACUGGAUCCGCACAUGGAGAUGAGCAAAAUUACUUCACAUGCCGUGGAAGGCCGAGCGCUACGAGAACUCAUGAAAAAUUUCAAUGCACAGAAAGAAGUAUUCACCAAGAAUUACGGUCGAUCCAUAUCCAUGGACUUACCAGCGCCGCUUGAAAACCUUGACAUACCCGGAAAAGUCAACCAUGGGGAAAUCACGAUUAGUUGUACUAAGAUGGAACAGUUUUUUGAUGUUUGCGUGGAUCAAGUUGUGGACUUGAUCACAGGUCACAUGUACCAUAUUGAACAAGAUGGUGGACGCCCCAAGAACGUGUUUCUUGUGGGAGGUUUUGGUAGAUCUCCUUACCUUCGGGAAGAAAUCAAAGCAACUCUUGAAACUUGGGACGUCAACCUGCCAGAUCUCGCAACCUCUUGGACAGCAGUUGUUCGAGGUGCCGUACUCUGUGGCAUCGAGAAGUCUGAUACACAAAACUUACUUCAUGCAAGCUCUUGUCGUCACCAUUACGGCAUAAGUGUGAAUCAACCCUUCUCCGCAGCCUACUUUUCUGAGAGCGAUCGGGUGGUUUCUCCUGAGAACAAUAUUGCAUACGCGCAAGCACAAAUGAUUUGGAUGCUGAAAAAAGGAGAUCUCGUGCUUUCUAAUAAGCCGAGAGCAGCAGAGCAGAGCCUGACAGUGUCGUUCUCGAAGACAGACGACCGAAAGGGCAAAGUCACUAUAUACCGCUACUCAGAAAAAGACCCACCAGAGAGGCUAGGAAACGGCAGAAAAGAGCUUACUACGGCUUGUGUGUUAACAUACGAUUUGUCAGAUAUUCCUUUGGAAGAGUUUGAUCUUGUUCACAACAAUCAGAAGAAAUUAGAGACAUAUAAUGCGGAGUUGAGAGUGUCAAUGUCCUUGAACGGGAGUAAUCUGAAGGCUUCUAUUUGGUGGCGGAACAAGGAGCUGGCGACGGAUGACAAUAUCAUGUACUAG